AUAUAGAUGGUUUAUUAUUAUUAUUAUUAUUUCUAAGUUAAUUUACAUUUAUUAUGUGAGAUAGUGUUAAAAUGAAUUUAGGGGAAGAAGAAAUGCUGUAGUUAAUAGUUUGUUACAAUUGUGAUUAAGUUUAAAGAAGUAUGAAUUUAAGAUAGUAAAUAAAGAUUUACCUGAAAGAGAAAAAAAGAAAUCUGUGGCAAAGGUUCUAAUACACAAUCAUGGCUGAGAAAAACAGCUGUGGAAUAUGAAACUGGUUUGAAGACUGGCUUCUUCUUUACACUCAGGCGGAAACAUCACUGGUUUCCCUUCCUUUCUCCAGAGUAAUCUUCUUUCUUUUCUUUCCCACAAUCAGUAUUCUUCACCUUUAAUAGUCACCUUUUCAGCGUCACACAUAUUUUCAUAUUGUGAUCUUCAGAUGAAGAGAAAUAUACAAAUUUAAUAAAUAGUUUCCAGUAGGAGCAAAGGGGGAAGAACAGUGAGAGAGGCUUGGGCUGGGAUUCUCCACUAAGAUAGGCCAGUGGCAGGAGGCAGGUGCGAGACCCGGGGGCAUAUAAUUAUUACCAAUAGUAAUUGGGGUGGGCGUUUUAAUCUGGGAUUCCCAGCAGUCAGGCUCCAGCUAUUUUCCUUCUGCAUCUCCAGCUCUCUCCAUGCAAUAAUGCAAGGCUGAGAGAGAUAGAGGUCCAACCCCAAGAACUUUCUCCUACCUGAGCACUCCUUCAACCAACCACAAGAACCAAGCCUUGUCACUAGGCUUAUAUAUGGGUCUCCCAAAAUGGUCAAUAUGCACCUCCAGAGGCCAAAUGGACCGUCCAGGUGAUUAAUAAAGAUCUAGAGAUCGAAGGGGACAAAAUGUGGUCCAAGGGGUGGGGGGUUAUUGUGCAGAGGAUGAAGAACUUAAAGGUGAACUUAGGACCCUGAUGAAUAGUGGGCAGGUUCAUGGACAUAGAGCAGCUCCCUUUCCAGUGAGAAACCACUUUUGAUAAAAAGUAAACCCCACAGUUCAACCGUAUUCUAAGAUAAUGCUUCUGAACUGCAUUACCAUUAUUUGACAUUAUUUCAUUUGUAUUUCCUAAAAACUGGGAACAUGGAGGACAAGAGAGAAUAUACAAGAUGUUAAAAUAAGAGCAGGUGCUAACUGAUGUGUGUAAUAUUCCUUUCUUCUCUUCCUAGAAAACAAAUAGGAUUUCCUCCCCUCUUCACCCCCCAAACCAGACAAUGGAGAAUACAGUCAGUGGAAAGAGAGAGGAGAAGCAGUCUGAAAGUAUGGAGUGUGAGAAGAGCUUCAGUGACAGUGGAACACUAAGAAAACAUCAACGGACUCACACAGGGGAGAAACCCUUUAAAUGCAUGGAGUGUGGAAAGAGCUUCAGUCAGAGUGGAAAACUUAGAAUUCAUCAACGGACUCACACAGGGGAGAAACCAUUUAAAUGUAUGGAGUGCGGGAAGAGCUUCAGUCAGAGUGGAAACCUUAGAAUUCAUCAACGGACUCACACAGGGGAGAAACCAUUUAAAUGUAUGGAGUGCGGGAAGAGCUUCAGUCAGAGUGGAAACCUUAGAAUUCAUCAACGGACUCACACAGGGGAGAAACCAUUUAAAUGUAUGGAGUGCGGGAAGAGCUUCAGUCAGAGUGGAAAACUUAGAAUUCAUCAACAGACUCACACAGGGGAGAAACCAUUUAAAUGUAUGGAGUGCGGGAAGAGCUUCAGUCAGAGUGGACACCUUAGAAUUCAUCAACAGACUCACAUGGGGGAGAAACCAUUUAAAUGCAUGGAGUGUGGAAAGAGCUUUAUUGACGGUACAGCAUUGACUAACCAUCAUCAAACUCACACUGGCGAGAAACCAUUUAAAUGCAUGGAGUGUGGAAAGAGCUUCAGUCAGAGUGGAAAACUUAGAAUUCAUCAACGGACUCACACAGGGGAGAAACCAUUUAAAUGUAUGGAGUGUGGAAAGAGCUUUAUUGAUGGAAAAGCACUGACUAACCAUCAUAAAACUCACACAGGGGAGAAACCAUUUAAAUGUAUGGAGUGUGGAAAGAGCUUUAUUGAUGGAAAAGCACUGACUAACCAUCAUAAAACUCACACAGGGGAGAAACCAUUUAAAUGUAUGGAGUGUGGAAAGAGCUUCAGUGGGAGUGGACACCUUAGAAUUCAUCAACGGAUUCACACAGGGGAGAAACCAUUUAAAUGUAAGGAAUGUGGAAAGAGCUUCAGUAGACGUGACAGCCUUAAUUUACAUAAUCAAACUCACACAGGGGAAAAACUCUUUGAAUGUAUAGAGUGUGGAAAGAGCUUCAGUCAGAGUAGAAAACUUAGAAUUCAUAAACGGACUCACACAGGGGAGAAACCAUUUAAAUGCAUGGAGUGUGGAAAGGGCUUCACUUCUAAUGAAGUUCUUAGAAUUCAUCAACGGACUCACACAGGGGAAAAACCAUUUAAAUGCAUGGAGUGUGGGAAAAGCUUCAGUAGAAGUGACCACCUUAAUUUACAUAAUCAAACUCACAGGGGAAAAACCAUUUGAAUGUAUGGAGUGUGGAAGGAGCUUCACUUGUAGUGGAACACUAAGAAUACAUAAACGGACUCACAUGGGGAAAACCAUUUAACUGUACAGAGUGUGGAAAGAGUGGAAAACUUAGAAUUCAUCAACGGACUCACACAGGGGAGAAACAAAUGCAUGGACUGUAGAAGGAGCUUCACUGAGAGUGGACUUCUUACAAAACAUCAACAAACUUAUACAGGGGAGAAACCAUAGAAGUGCUAGGGAAUUAGAUAGAGGUUCCGUUGUAGUGGAUGUCUUCAAACCAUCAAAAGACUCGGAGUGUUAAAAGCUGUAAGAGUGGAAACUCUACAGGCCAUCAAAAGAAGAGACACGGUUUAAAUAGAAAGAAUGUGGAAUAUACAUUGGUUAUUAGAGUGUAGAACCUGUUUCUCUCCUACUUGACACUUUCUCUCACAUCAAUCACAGCGUAUGUGAGCUUUUGUUGUUUGUAUGUAAGAUUGUCUAGACAUGUAUUUAAAGUAAUCAAGGUAACAAUUCACAAUAGUAAGCACAAUAUAAUAUUGAAUGUACUGUUUGAUAGGGAGGGGGAGUGUGUGAGUCUGGAGUGUUGCUUCUGAAUGAGGAUGGACUGAGAGUGAGCUGGUUUUGGUGUUUGGGGGAGGGAGUUGGAAAUGUUUGUAUCUGGGAAUGGAGAGUUGCCCAAAGUGGAGCUGAAAUUUGGAAGCAGAGUUAGAUUAAUAUUAUAGGAACACCAGCAUCACUCCCACUGUUAUAAUUGCAAUAAUCGAACCAUAAAGACACAGAAAGACUGAAAGCACCUAUUAUUUAGCUCUUUCCAAUUACCUCCCGGUUUCGAAUCUUCUAUACCUGGGUAAGGUAAUUGAGAGAGCGGUUGCCGAUCAGCUGCGUAGGUUUCUGGAUGAAACAUCGGCUCUGGAUCCAUUUCAGUCCGGCUUUCACCCCUGGUUAUGGGACCAAGAUGGCUCUGGUCGCCCUAACAGAUGAUCUCCCUAGACAGCUGGAUCAAGGCGGGUCGGGACUGCUGAUUCUUUUAGAUCAUUCAGCAGCCUUCGACAUGGUCGAUCACAAACUUUGAGACCACCGCCUUGCCGACGUGAGGACAGUCCUUGGUGUGUGGAGUCCCACAGGGCACAAUCCUUUCCCCGAUGCUUUUUCACAUCUUUAUGCAUCCCCUUGCCCAGAUUGUCCAGAGUUUUGGGCUGGGUUGUCAUCAAUAUGCUGAUGACACCCAGAUUUAUCUGCUGAUGGACAGUGGAGUACAGGAUCAGAUUUAAGGUGCUGGUUUUGACCUUUAAAGUCCUCGUACCUACAGGACCGCCUCUCCUGGUAUGCUCUCCUGGUAUGAAGAUCUUUGAGCUUGGUGAUAAGUUGUCUUACUACAAAAGAAUUUCAGAAAUAGACUGGAAAGAGAAGUUGCUGAAUUACAACUUAUCACCAAGCUCAAAACCAUGGAGGGACCUGGUUUGAACAGAGAUAUCGGAUUCUUAUCUCAUUAUACAUGAUAAGCGAUCUUCAGCCAUCUCAACCCUUGCUUUUUCAUGCAAAACCAUUUGCAGUCGUUUUCGGUCAUCAACAGCUAUCAGUCAGUCAACCACCCAUUUCCACCACCCUUCUGAGUGAUCCCCCCUCCCCUCCCCUCCCCAUCCCCACCCCCUCUCCACCCCUUCUCUACAUAAGUGCCUGGGGACUCCCAUUUCACUGUAUCUGAAGAAGUGUGCAUGCACACGAAAGCUCAUACCAAAAUAAAAACUUAGUUGGUCUUUAAGGUGCUACUGAAGGAAAUUUUUUUAUUUUACUUCGACCCAAACCAACACGGCUACCUACCUGUAACCAUGACUUCUGUUGUAAUAAAUAAUCCUUCAUAAACGUUAUUGCAUUACAUUCUUCAUUAAAUUAUCUUUCCACUGAUAUGGUAUGUUAUGGUAUAACUCAGUGCUUUUUUUCUUAGAAAAAUAUAUUGGGUCUCAUUUUGACCCAAGGAAUUCACCACCGGGGUGGGGUGGGGGGAACAAAUGCAGAUUAAAUUGGGAAAAAUAAAUACAGUGGUACCUCAGUUUGUGAACAGCUUAGUUCUCGCACUACUUGGAACCUGAACACUUCAAACCCAGAGAUGAGUGUUCCAGUUUGGGAACUUUUUUCGGAAGCCAAACAUGCCCUGUUCUGAGCAUCACUUCGGUUAUCCAUUUUCCUUGUGUGGGAAGGCGGGCUGGGCAGCAAGCGAGCAGCCAAGCAUAGCUGCCAAGUACCCCGUUUUCCCUGGGAAACCCCCGU